AUGAAGAAUUAUGAUUUUUUCAGAGAUAAUUUACUUAAUUUAACUUUUCCAGGGAAAAGAAUUCGGGUAGAGAUAAAUAUGAAAAACAGUGAUCAUCCAGAAAUCCAAUUUGAAGCUGGAAAUCUUCAUGGUGGUUAUUAUCCAUGCUUAUGUGUUAAUCAAUUUACAGAUUUACCAAUUGUUUAUUCACAUGACAUCAUAUCAUUAGAAGAUAGAAGGAGAAAAGUUGUUAUUGGUCCUGCAGGCAGAACAGCAAAAGCAAUAGCUCCAUUUCAAAACCUUAGCAUUUCCAAACUUGAAUUGGAAAUAUCCAUUCGAGAAUUAAAUAAAAAUAUUGGAGUGAAAAGAACAAAAAAACAAUCUGAACAACUUCUGAAGCAAAAUCUUUCUGGUGUUUCACGAACUCCAGCUCUUUGCUUUGGCAAUGAGUUAAACACACUUGUUUUGUCAAAUCUACACAACUAUGAGGUCAGUCCUAUAGAGCCACUCCACGACUUUAAAGGUCAUAUAAAAAAUAUUUGGGAUGUUCUACCUGAAAUACUGAACUUUUCAGAAAAAAAAGUAUUCAACGAUUGCCUUAAACUGUGUUUUGGUGAAAAGGACAAUGUACGAGGGGCUGAUUAUAGGUUAUCUACAAUUGUUGUAUACAAUUCCUUAAAAGAGAUCUGUAGACCAAAUGUAAAACUAUUUUUGCAAAAUAUCAUGGAAUUAGUCAAAUCUGCAUAUUUACCAUCACAAAACAGGUCACCAAAGGCAAUCCUUCGAUUAUAUAACUUAGCAUUUCAACAUAUCCUUCUUUGCCGCUUAGUAAUCGGAAGUAAUCCUAAUAAAAUUACCAAGAACAAACUGUAUGGUAUAUACUAUCAUUCAAUCACAACACAUUUACCAGAAGUUGCACGCAUUAUUUCCCCAAGUUCACUGCAUACUGAAAAUGAAGAGCAGAUGUUCAGCAAAAUCAAGCAAAUUAGUUUAAAUACUUCUUCAAGAAAACUGGAAUCUAUACGUGAUAAUAGUAUCAUUCGAAUUCAAGCAGAAAAAAUAUUUUUAGAAGAUAUUAAUUAUAAUAAAUUGAGGCCAUGUACAAUUUCUAAAAUAACAAAGUUUAGCAAAGCAACAGAUCCAUCAGAACCUACAAAGUUUUCUAUUUAUGAAAAAGAAUUACAAUUCCAUCUUGAGAGAAUAAGUGAUUUUAUGCUGUGUGGUAGAGGAGUUUGGUGGCAUUUAGAAAAAAGCAACAUUGUUUUUCAUGAUGGAGAAAGUGAUCCCGAUUAUAUGGAUAUAGGUACCACAAGAAAUCUUUUUGGUUUUAUUACAGAGCACCGAGAGAAAGCGUUUGAAAGGAAGUUAACGCUUUCUUCCUUACCGUCUCAUUGGAUUCGACUGGAAUUAAAAACAGCGACGAAAAGGCGUCUCUUUGGAGAAAACAAAAGUCGUCAUCCACAACGUAUUGAAGACCCAUAA